CCGAGACCGAGACCGAGACCGAGACCGAGACCGAGACCGAGACCGAGGCUGGGCCGGGGCCUGGCCUUUGGUCCCCCGGCUUGUUCAUGCGGACACUUGUCAUCCUCACACCAACGGAAAGCAAGCAAGAUGCCUCUCGACUUUCCACUCGACCUGACCAUUGAGCGCUACUACCUCAAGGAUGUCCUUCGAGCCAUCAUCCACUCUAUACUGUUCCAUAGGAGCUUUUCUAUGACCCGACCAAAGGAUGCCGACAUCGAGCUUUUGAAUAUUGUUUAUCCUCGUCUAGACGACCCCGAGAUCGAAAGGCUGGUCGAAGAGAAGGUCGCUGCAUUUCUGCGAGCAUUUGAUCCUGCGGCUGGAGGCAGCAACACUGGACAGGUCAUUAUCAUGUUCUCAGAGAGACGAGAGAAGAAGAGCACAUGGUUCGUCAAGGUCUCAGACGAUAGCUGCUGGGAGCAAUGGAUUGUCACCCUUACUUUAACUCAAGCAAAGACGGAGAAAGAGCAAAUCGAAUCCAAGAAAAUGGUGGAAACACAACUCCUGAACUGCCUGUCAUCGAUUUCACAAAAGACAAAUGACCACAAGGACCAUAUCCCUCCAGUAACCAACAACGACACAUACCCUUUCCCAUUCCAGAUCAUCGUAUCAAACUCGGAGAUGAAGUGGACCGGACUGAUACAGCUCUUUCUUGAAAAGACGGGGCACCCGUGAUUCCCAAAAUACACUCGGGGCGGUAUUUUCUCGAUGAAGCUGACCCUAGCCCAAACCAAAUCCCCUCAGGCCCUUCCCUGGCUUCCUGGAGGCAUAUCCAAAGCCAAUCGCAAUGUCCGUCUCCUUGGGG